AUGAUGGCGCAACAUGUAGGUCGUUCACGUAAAUCGCCGGCUUUUUUAUUAAUUAUUCUCUUUAUUAUAAACUCAACAACAAUUAUUGACUCGUCUGCACUGCCAAGAAUUAAUGGCGACAACACUAAGCCGGUAAUAAAUUCUGUUAAAUUAAUAACUAGUGAUUAUUAUCAUGAUAUACUUGUUAAUAAUAAAAGUAACAGUAAUACAAUAAUUAAAAGUGAUAGUUAUAGUUAUAGUUCAAGUGUUGUUGCUGGUAAUGGUGAGAGUGAUCAAGAUGCUGGUGAUAAAUAUUAUUUAUUGACAACUGGUGUUAAUUUAAAUAAAUUAAAACAUAUUAAGUGGACUCCUGACAAAACAUAUUGUGAUAUUAAUAUUAAUAAUAAUAGUGGUAAUAUUAAUAAUUACGGUAUAAAUAUUUGGAGUAACAGUGAGGGUACUAGUGCCAUUUUUCAGUUUUAUAAUAUUUUGGAGGUUACCAGGAUUUACUUGUGUCAAUUAGACACUAAUUUUCAAGGUGAUGAACUGCUCCAAAGAAAAUGGAGACCAGUUGAGGACCUGCUCGUUCAUUUAUCAAGAAGAAAACGUGAUCUUCCGAGUGUGGGACAACCCUUAAUACCAGCGAACGGCGAUGCGGAAAAAUUGCACAUUUAUGGCCUGAGAUUGGAAGGUGAACAAGAAGAGCAAGAGUUUGCUAACGGCGUGCCGAAAGUUGUCGGCGAAACUUUAGUUACGAUACGUAUUUUCGGUUCUGGGAUUACUACUGAUACUGUUAUCAGUUUUACUGAUAUACCACAAAAUCGUGGUGAGAUUUGCGACAAGAUUAAGUCACAAGAAUUUAUUGUGGAAAAAGUCGACAAUUUCACGGCAAUUAUAUCAGGAAUGCUUCCUUUGGGUUCACCAUUUUACAUUUGCGCCAAAAGUAUGUCCUCUGGUAGUGUUAAUUUAUUCUAUCAUCAAGGAACAGAAGUUUAUAAACAAAUCAUCUCGUACCAAAAAACUUUACCGCUGUGGCUUCAAAUAAUAGUUAUAUUAACUUGUUUAUCAUUCUCGGCAUUGUUCUCCGGUCUUAAUCUUGGAUUAAUGUCUAUGGACCGGACAGAAUUGAAAAUUUUAUGCAACACUGGGACUGAAAAAGAACGAGAGUACGCACGUACUAUCCAGCCGGUGCGAAAUUAUGGAAAUUAUCUUCUCUGUUCAAUUUUAUUUUCAAACGUACUUGUCAAUUCUAUUUUUACGAUCCUUCUGGAUGAUUUAACCUCCGGCACAGUCACUGUUAUCGGCGCUACAUUGGCAAUUGUUAUUUUUGGCGAGAUCUCACCGCAAGCAUUUUGUAGUCGACACGGCCUAUGUGUUGGUGCGAAAACAAUCUUAAUAACAAAGAUAACAAUGGUUAUAACAUAUCCGCUCAGUUAUCCGAUAAGUAAAUUUUUGGACUAUAUGCUGGGAGAAGAAAUAGGAAAUGUUUACAAUCGCGAGCGGCUCAAAGAACUUGUUAAAGUAACAACUGGUUACAAUGAUUUAGAAAAAGAUGAGUACGAUUUAAAAUUAUAUUUUAUGUUUAGUUUUGUUAAAGAUGUCGUUAAUACUCGAAAAGUACUGCAUAAAUUUAAUUACAUACAUGUAGUUUACAAAAUUACUUAUAAUUAUUUGAGCGGUCACAAAGGUCACAUGGCAUUCGUACAAAGAGUAAACAACGAAGGCGAGGGUGAUCCUUUUUACGAAGUAAUAGGCUUAAUUACGUUAGAAGACGUUAUCGAAGAAUUAAUCCAAGCCGAAAUAAUGGACGAGACUGAUGUUUUUACUGAUAAUAGAAGUAAACGCAAGAGAUUAAAUAAUCGUCCGAAAUUACCGGACUUUACAGUAUUUGCAGAAAAAAAAGAAAGUCAACGCAUACAUAUUUCACCUCAAUUAACAUUAGCAAUGUUUCAAUAUUUAUCUACCACUGUUGCUCCAUUUAAACCAGACACAAUAUCAGAAACAAUUCUACGCCGUUUAUUAAAACAGGACAUUAUUCACCACAUUAAAGUAAAGUCUCGUGAAAAAGCGCGAAAUGAUCCCGCGGCGUUAAUUUAUCAACAGGGAAAAUCUGUUGAUUAUUUUGUAUUAAUAUUAGAAGGAAGAGUGGAAGUAACUGUUGGUAAGGAGAACCUGACAUUUGAGAGCGGUCCAUUUACUUACUUUGGGUGCCAAGCACUCGGUACCAAUAUUGGAGUUGUCGAAUCCCCGACAACAAAUGUAAAUCCACAGGCUUUAGGAAGUAUACAGUCUAUUAAUUUAGAUGCGAUACUUCGGCAUACAUUUGUACCUGAUUAUUCAGUACGUGCUGUUACUGAAGUAUUUUAUCUAAAAGUAAAGAGGUCUUUAUACUUGGCUGCUAAGAGAGCCACGUUAUUAGAAAGAAGUCAAAAGGACCCGUCGCCAAGUAACGAUCAAUUUGACGACGAAGUUGAGAAGCUGCUGCAUUCAUUAGACGAAGACGACCGUAGUAUGCAGUCAUCUCCAAUUUUAAGUCGCAAGGACGACGACAUGAAAUCACCGGAACAGAACUCUCCAAUUCGCAGCGCUACUGCUCCUACAUCUCCAACUCCAGUCAGCGCCUCUCCUGUUACGAACUCAAAGUUCUUACCACAAAGUAAAACCAGCGAACCUAACGGGCAGCUUCGGAACUCACCAAACAAAAUUGAGGAACCUGUGGAGCCCUCUACGAAUAAUUCAGAGAGUCACAGUAAAUUAAAUUUAGACGCUGAAAUUGCUUCACGUUUAUUAAGUAAAAAAACCAACGAGGAUAAUAAUGACGAACUUACUAAUUUGUUAUCUACACAAGAUCGUUCUUAA